AAGCGCCGUCCUCCUCACUUCCUGUGCCGGGGACCAGUGCGCGUGUCCCUUGCUGGGAGGCCGGAGAGCGGGCGUCAUGGCAUCUGGCGAUGGUACAAAUGGACCAAGUCAGCCUGGACUUUUUCCGAAUGGAUCACGCAUGAUGAGAGGACAGUUUAUGACCCCUGUUGCCCAUUUCCCAGGCGUGGGACUGGGUGGCUUACCUCCAAGACCAAAUCUGGCACCACCAGGCAUGAUCCCACCUUUGAUGGGACCAAUGGGUGCUCAUCAAAUGGGACAGAUGGCUCCAAUGAUUCCUCCUCUCUUGCCUGGAAUGAUGAUGCCAGCUCAUGUGGCACCAGGCACGUUACCUGCUGGCCUACAGCCAGGUGUGAACAGCUUGGAUCCCUCACUGGCUCAGCCACCAGUCACGCAGGCAGGACAUCCCGUAAUUUCAGCACCGCCAGCCAUUUCGACAAACACUGCCGCUAAUGAAGAGCCCUCUAAGACAAAAUCUUUGUGGACGGAGCAUAAAUCACCAGAUGGUAGGACAUAUUAUUAUAAUAUCGAAACCAAGCAGUCUACAUGGGAGAAACCAGAUGAUAUGAAAACCCCAGCUGAGCAAUUGUUAUCCAAAUGUCCCUGGAAGGAGUUUAAAUCUGACUCUGGAAAACCAUAUUACUACAAUUCCCAGACAAAGGAGUCUCGCUGGGCCAAACCGAAAGAGCUAGAAGAUCUGGAAGGGUUAAUUAAAGCUGAAGAAAGCAGCAGUGUUCAAGAAACCACAGCUCCGGCUCCUGCUCCUGCACCCAUACAAAUGAGCACCGUUCCAGUUGCUGUAGAGGUGACCAGUACACCCACACCUGCUCCUGUGGCAUUAGCUGCUGAAGCAGAGCUUGUCAUGUCCACCCCCACAACACCUGCAUUAGACUGUGAGACUAUGGUCAAUGACUCUGGUGAAGAGCAAGCCCAUUCUGUGUCGUCUUCUAUUCAAGAGAAAGAUCCUGAAGUCAGCAGCAGCGGCAUUGUAGAGGAAUAUGCCAAACAAGAGGUUCUAGUAGAUUCGGCUUCUGUUGAAGAGGAGGAAGAAAAGAAUCCUAAGAAGACCUAUAUAUGGAACACAAAGGAAGAAGCUAAGCAAGCGUUCAAAGAACUCCUUAAAGAAAAGCGCGUGCCGUCCACUGCUUCCUGGGAACAAGCCAUGAAAAUGGUCAUUAAUGAUCCAAGAUACAGUGCACUGACAAAGCUAAGUGAGAAGAAACAGGCAUUUAAUGCUUACAAGGUACAGACCGAGAAAGAAGAGAAGGAGGAAGCCAGGCUAAAAUACAAAGAGGCUAAAGAAGGUUACCAAAGGUUUCUAGAAAACCAUGACAAGAUGACCUCGACCACCCGAUACAAAAAAGCAGAGCAGAUGUUCUCAGAGCUAGAUGUCUGGAAUGCAAUUUCUGAGCGUGACCGUCUGGAGAUUUAUGAAGAUGUUAUGUUCUAUCUUUCAAAAAAAGAAAAGGAACAAGCCAAGCAACUCAGAAAGAGGAACUGGGAAGCUCUGAAGAAUAUAUUGGACAAUAUGGCCAACGUAACCUAUUGUACAACAUGGUCAGAAGCACAGCAGUACCUCAUGGACAACCCUACUUUUGCUGAAGAUGAGGAACUUCAAAAUAUGGAUAAGGAAGAUGCCUUAAUAUGUUUUGAAGAGCAUAUUCGGGCUUUGGAAAAAGAAGAGGAGGAGGAGAAGCAAAAAACUUUACUAAGAGAAAGACGUCGGCAACGGAAGAAUCGAGAAUCUUUCCAGGUGUUUUUAGAUGAAUUACAUGAACAUGGUCAGUUACAUUCCAUGUCGUCUUGGAUGGAGCUGUACCCUACAGUCAGUUCCGACAUCCGUUUUGCCAACAUGCUUGGUCAGCCAGCCAUCUAA